UAUCCUUCCAUCAUUGCUUUGUGUCAUUCCAUGGACAUGUUGGACUGUAAUGCCACUUCUUUAUUUCUUUGGGCAGAAUGCUUUGGUCCCAACGAUACUCGCCCCCCUUCUCUCUGCUCAGAAAAUAAAGCUACGUUGUCCAAUUGAAUAUUUUCAGAGUUAUGUCUCAAGCCCAGCGCUGAAAGGGGAGGGACACAGAUACCCACACAGAGCAUUUCCUUCUGCUAGGAUGCAUUCCCUUCAACGCAGGGGAUGCCAAAACGAAUGCCAGUUCUGUCAAUUGUAAGUGAAUAACUUCGGCCCUGCCGUCCUCUCAAACCUUCGGCUCGCCCUCCUGGGGCCACAAAUACGACUUCACAGACCUCGGGUCCUGCACUGCUCGGAGCUGCCGCUCGGGGGCGCGGAAUGCCCUCCGCCGCUCGGGAGGCGCAAGGGAAGGCGAUGCGGACGGGGCCAUUUGCGCUGCCAGAAGAGGGGGGGAGCGGAGAUGCGGGUUCCUCACGGGAAGGCCUCGGUCAGGGCUAGCGGGGAGCAGGAUGCGUCCGGGGGGUAUAGGCCGGGGCCCUGAGACGGGGGCCGAAGAGCGGGCCGCGGCAUCUGUAGGCCUAGUAUCGCGCCCGGCUACCAGGGGGUGGCGACGCGGUUGGUUGGGGCCAGCGGCGGCCGAGGCGCGGCGGGGUCAGUUCUCUUUAGUGUUUGCCGAUGUUGGAGGCGUCUCCAAAGUGUCCCCGGGAACCAGUAAAAAUCAAUGGCACAAAUCAAAAUGCAGAGUACAUCAAACCAUGCCAGACCUACCUUAUCCCCAGCAAUACUGGCACCAUCGACAAAAGCAACAAGUUCACAGGUUCUUCAGCCCUCAAUAAAUGGAUCCCUUUCGGAAUCAGCAGGGGAUUGUAAUAGUACUACAACUGGCCUGGUAGAUUCUGUGCCUUCUGAAAACUCACUGGAUAACAUGGCAAACCCCAAAGAGAAAACACCAAUCUGUCUAGUAAAUGAGCUAGCCCGUUUCAAUAGAAUUCAGCCUCUUUACAAGCUUCUGAAUGAACAAGGACCUGCUCAUUCCAAGAUGUUCACAGUGCAGCUGACUCUCGGUGAACAAACAUGGGAAGCUGAAGGAAGCAGUAUUAAAAAAGCUCAUCAUUCUGCUGCUAGCAAAGCUCUGAAUGAAAGUAACCUCCCCAAACCAACACCUAGGCCACCCAAAAACAAUGUUAAUAAUAAUCCAGGCAGUAUUACACCAACAGUGGAGUUGAAUGGUCUUGCUAUGAAAAGAGGGGAGCCUGCCAUCUAUAGGCCGUUAGAUCAAAAGCCAAUCCCAAAUUACAAAGCAAAUUACAACUUUCGAGGCAUGUACAAUCAGAGAUAUCACUGCCCAGUGCCUAAGAUUUUCUAUGUCCAGUUGACUGUGGGUGAGCGUGAGUUUUUUGGUGAAGGGAAGACUCGCCAAGCUGCUAGACACAAUGCUGCAAUGAAGGCACUUGAAGUUCUUCAGAAUGAACCAAUUCCACCCAAAUUACCUCAGAACAGAGAGUCAGGUAGUGAAAUGGAAGAGGAAAAAGAUGCAAACAAGUCAGAGAUAAGCAUAGUGUUUGAAAUUGCUUUGAAGCGGAAUAUACCCGUCAGUUUUGAGGUGGUAAAAGAAAGUGGACCACCACAUAUGAAGAGUUUUGUUACUCAGGUGACGGUGGGUGAGUUCAGAGCUGAAGGUGAAGGAAAUAGCAAGAAACUGUCAAAGAAACGUGCUGCAAUAGCUGUUCUGCAAGAACUUCGAAAACUUCCCCCUCUUCCUGUGGUUGAAAAGCCAAAACUUCACUUUAAAAAACGUCCCAGAACAGCCUUAAAGACUGGUCCAGAGUAUGGUCAAGGAAUGAAUCCUAUUAGCCGUCUGGCUCAAAUUCAGCAAGCCACACGAGAGAAAGAACCAGAAUAUCUUCUUAUUUCAGAAAGAGGAGUGCCUCGUCGUCGAGAAUUUGUUAUGCAGGUCAAAGUGGGAAAUGAAGUUACAACAGGAACAGGCCCAAACAAGAAGAUAGCAAAAAGAAAUGCAGCUGAAGCUAUGUUGCUACAACUUGGCUAUAAAGCUUCUUCUCCAUUUCAAGAGCAGAUAGAAAAGUCAGGAGAGAUGAAGGAUUGGAGUGGCCAAAAUGUUGCAUUUCCUGAACCAUCAAAUAACACACCAAAGGGAAUUCUCCAUCUCUCUCCUGAUGUUUAUCAAGAAAUGGAAGCCAGCCGCAACAAAGCAUCCCCUGGUACCCCUAUAAACUAUUUAUCAUCCAAGGAAAUGAACCAAACAUCUAGUUGUUUCUUCAGCGUGUCUCCUGCCACUAAUAGUACAGCUACAAUUGCCAGGGAACUGCUCAUGAAUGGAACUUCCCCAACUGCUGAAGCUAUAGGUCUAAAAGAAAUGUCACUGAUUUCCCCUUGUUCUACAGUUCAACCUUCAAAACAACUGGAAUAUCUGGCAAGGAUCCAAGGCUUUCAGGUACACUACAGUGAUAGACAAAAUGGCAAAGAAUGCUUGACCUGUUUGACAUUAUCUCCUCUGCAAAUGACUUUCCAUGGUAUUGGGAACUCCACUGAAGACAGCCAUGACCAGGCAGCUUUAAGUGCCUUGAAACAGUUUUCAGAACAAGGAUUGGAUCCAGUGGAAGGAACAGUGAAAGUUGAAAAUGGUUCAUUUGAAAAACAAGUCAACCAUCUGGGAGAAAAUGCAGACAAUAGACAGACUAACUCAGGCACUAUUGCUCAGGACUGCAAGGAUUCAAAGGCUGUCGUCUAGGACCUUCCCAGCACCCAUGGCUGCCACUGCAUCCGUAUAAACCUGUCAACACGCAAUAGAGUGUAUGUGUACAAGGAAAUGAAUGACUAAUACCAUUAUUUGAUUCUUAUGUGAAGACAACACACAAGAGAUAGUAUAUGUGGUGCUGUUCAUUGAGUAUGGGGGAAAGGAAUAAAAUAUUGAUGGUUCCCCUCUAAACCUAAAAAUCUAAAAAUAAAUCAUUCAGAUUGCUUCAGAAACAAUAAAAAUCAGUCAGACCACCAGAGUUUUAAGCAGCAAGUGAUUAACUAAGACUUGAGGAGGAAAGUUAAGUUUACAGUUGAUUAAUACUCUGGAGGAAAUGAAAAGUCAACAUUGGGUUGAGUUGUAUGGAUUUUUUGUAGCGUAGAGUAAGUUCAGCUUUCCUCUUUUUUUAAAAAAAAAUAUGCUUGAAUAUUUUAAAAAUAAGCAAUGACAGUGCUGUGCAAGUUAUAGUUGUUGUCUUCAUAUACGGUCAUACAGCUUCUCUUUUUAUGCCAACAUGCAUUCGUCAUACUCUUAUGGAAUAUGUUAUGGCUGUAAGGUGCACUAUGACAAGUUGUUUGCAAACUGCAGUUUAAAUCAUGAUAAGUAUUUGCUUAGAUAUUAAUGACUAGUCACAAUAUACUCCAGGAGAAAGCAGUGAUGGUAUUUGAUUUCCCUUGCCAUUGAUUGACAAGGUGUCUUGCCUCCAAAGAAAAUGUUUCCGCUCCCAUAAUUCUACUGUAUUCUGUGAAACAUAUUUACAUCUCAUUCUGUGUUUUGUACUGACUCACCACUUGUAUCAACUGAAUGUUUUUAAUGACUGCAUACUGACCAGGAACAACAGCAGGGAGUGGAAGAGGGUUCAAAGAGGAUGGAACAUAUGUGAUAAAUGUCAGUGUUGGUUGAGUUGGAAAUUUGCACUUGUAUUCUGUACCAGCAUAUUUGAAUAAAGCAGUUGGUCAGUGCAGUAAAACCACAUCAGUUCAUGUAAA